GGAAUCGGCUGCGGCAGGCUUAUUACGUGAAAAUUUCCAACUCUGGUCGGUGAGCAACCGACCACCAACCGACUUGCGACCGAUUGUCGACCGACCGAAAAAUUCGUAUUCGCUAACGCAGUUGGCAACCGGUUGCCCAACUGUCAUUGAAUGCAAUUUGAAUGCAGUUUUUGCAACCGAAACAGCGCCACUAGCAAUCUAGUAGCAACCGGUGGAGCUAAAGUGACAUACAUUUAUGAUGAUAAACAAUCGUCGUGUUUAUAAAUCGAAAAACAAAUAAAUACAUUGUGGAUCGUGAUUGUGAAUUUAAAAUUAACUAUGGGACCUAGUUUUGUUGAAAAUUGGACACUUCUAGAUGACUGCUUGUUCAUUAAAGGCUGCAAAUGUAUCAGAAAACGUGAACAUAGUGUUUAUUUGUGUUUGAGAUUUUGUCUGACUAGGAGAAAUUCAUCCUAAUUUAGCUAAGGACAGUGUUGGGCUUGGAGGGAGAUCAAAGGAGACAAUUAAUAGAAAGUGGGACAAAUUAGCGAUAUGUCUGAAUUCUCAUGGAUCUGGAGCUACAAAAAAUGGACAAUGCUGGAGAAGGGUGAGUUUAUGUUACAUUUUGUUAUUCAUCCUUUUGUCAUGGCUAAUUCAUAAUUUUUAUAAUUGUGCUGAAUCUUAUUUUUCAUUAUAAGAUUACAACCUUUUGCUAU